CCAUCUCUUAUGCUGUUUCUACUCCUUCCCCACUGAUUUAUAACAUGUAUAAAUGCACAUAAAAUGUGUUCCCCGACGCCGUGUAACCCGUUUUUAGGGGACGCCGCAGAAUCUCUUUGCGACCCCUGCCAAGACCACAAGGUAAGGGAGGAAUCGUCAAACAAUUGUCUCAGUCCCUGUCACAUCGGCCUCCCCAACCUCUUCUAUGCCGUUUUCUAUCGCUGAUACCACUGGCCCAUCUCUUCUUGGCUGCCUGUUCCGCCUGUUUUUCUUAGCCAGAAUACAUGCGAGUCUCAGA